CUCCGGGAAAUAUCUACCUUGGCUUCCUGGACCGUUUCGUCUUCUAAACCGGGUUGUUCGAUACCUCAGCUUCGGCAUCCAAAUACGAAUCUAUUUUGGCAAUCCGAUGGUCCGCAGCCACACUACCUCAAUAUACACUUCUUCAAGCUCGUUCGUAUAGUUGGUCUUAGACUGUACCUAGACUUUGAACAAGAUGAGAGCUAUACGCCGACUAAGAUCAUUUUCUUAGCAGGCAGCGGUUUGAACGAUCUCCAGGAGUGGGGCGAAAUGAGAUUGGAGAGCCCGAGAGGAUGGAUAUGGGCGGACUUUUCCGGUUUGCCAGUUUUGCGCGCUCAUCUCGUGCAGAUCAAGAUAUUAGAGAAUCAUCAGAACGGUAAGGAUACGCAUUUAAGGGGCUUGCAGAUAUUC